UGUACAAAUUUCUUAUGUACAUUACCACUAUAUCUGUAUUGAUGAAGUUGUUACUGGGCUGGUGGUUUACGGAGAAAUUCAAAGUUUGUCAACAAAAACUCGCCGCAAUUCAUGAAACAUUGCGGCAACUCGGAUUUCCGGUUAACUAUAAUAAACUUUACUUCAUAAUGAUAGGAAUAUUAGUCACUUGGAUAAUUUUUUUUUUCAUUUCAUGCGUCUUAGUUUUUAUUUUUUUUGAACCAGAUGUUUUUGGUCAUUUCGACAGAUUGUAUGUCACGAUCACGUUUUCGUAUGGAGUGUGUAUCGGCACUGUUGUCAUCUUGGAGUUCUACAUAAAUAUAAGAGGCAUACAAAUGAAAUUCGAAUCGAUCAACCGACUUUUGUGGGAGAACUCAAAAGUUUCAUUGUCGACGAAAGAACCGAAGGACUAUUUUGAAAUGAACGAUUUCGCGGACAUCAUGAACUGUCAGCGACAAAAACACAUUUUUGCCGGAAAUAUAUUAAAACGUUAUCGUCAGAAAUCGAAGUCUCAGAUCAACAUUUCUGUGAUGGAAAAACAAAAAAAUUCAAUCAAGUCGCAAGCUCAAUCUGAUCGUCCGUUCCAGUUUCAGGAUAAGUUCCGAGAAGAAAUACGAAUUCAACGUCAGGAAGAUUAUUCCGCAAAAAUAGAACAUCGAAUAUAUCUUUUACAGAUAAUCAAACAGAUUCAUCUGGAACUGUGUAGAAUAUCAAAAACAUUGUGUACUAUUUUCGGCGUACAAAUAGCUAACGAAAUAGCACUUACUAUUAUGUUUCUUACCGGGUCUCUUUAUAAUUUGUACAUCCAAUAUAUUAUGAAAUACAAACUUUCCGAUCACCUAACGGAGCAGACGAUUGCAACUCUCACGAUGGGCUUGCUCGAUAUAAUAAAACUCUUCUUUUUGAGCCGCGCGUGUAAAACAACUGCCGAUGAGGGAAAUAAAACUAUCGAGAUUAUUCACUCGAUGUACGGAUGCGAUGCGAACGCUGACUUGAAAGAUGAGAUUCAGCAAUUCGGUAUUCAACUACUGCACAGUCCGGUCGCAUUCACAGCGUUCGGUCUUCCUUUGGACAACACCGUUUUAACUAGGACUUUAAGAUAUGUAACAACCUAUCUAGUUAUCACGAUACAAGUGAGCAACUCGCUAGAAUCAAAUAAAACUAUUCAACAUGCGCGUAUUUGAGAAUUAUAAAUAAGUAUUUCUAAAUAAGAGUGAUUAUUACAAAUUCUUAGAAGAGAAAGUAGAGAUUUGUGUAGAACGUACGUCUCGUGCAAUAUAAAAA